ACGGAAGAGGCUCAGCAGUCACCCUGCCUGCAGCAGAGAGCAUGAAUACACGACAUUGAUCUACAGAUAUGUCUGCAGGUUGUGUGAGGUGGAUGCUAAUCCAUGCAGUCAGAGCUGUGUGUGGUGGCAGCCGCGGCUACUGGACACCAGCAUCAAGAUUUACCAUAUUCAGUGAAAAAUCCAACAUAAUUGCUUCUUCCUGGAGAUGGUCUCCUUUGUCCACAGCUGCAGAUAACACAGAACAGACCCCCGCACCAAAGAAAAAAAAGCAUGAUCCCCGAACUCAAGCCACAUUCAGCAACGUUGGCCGUAGCAUCCCGCAGCAUGAGAUACAGGUGCUCAGUGAGACAGGCGAGAACCUGGGCAUCAUGCACCGAGCAAAUGUGAUCAAAAUCAUGGACAAGCAGGGGCUCAAACUGGUACUGCUCAGUGAAAAGGAAAAUCCUCCCGUCUACCAGCUGAUGAGCGGCAAACAGAUCCACGAAGAGAAGAUGAAACUGCGGGAGAAGCAAAAAGCAAAACCAGCCCCGGUGCAGUUGAAAGAGCUCUCCUUUUCAGCUGGCAUCGCAGCUCAUGACCUCUCCACCAAGCUGAAACAAGUGGAGAGUUGGCUGGAGAAGAAGAAUCAUGUUAGACUGACUCUGCGAUCAGGACGCUGGACACCUUCAGACAAGCUGGACACAGCUCUGGAGCAGAUUGUGCAGCAAAUGGAAAUGACGGUGGGAUUUGUUUCCACGCCAAAAGUCAUACAAGACGGUAAAGCAGCCAUGUGCAUCAUCAGACCUCCUUCAGCAAAAGAACUGUCUAAAGAGAAGAAGAACAAGUCCACAGCUUCGCAGUCUGCUGACUCAAAUUCAGAAGCUGCCGAGAGCAAAACGGCUCCCGUUAGCGGCGCGGACACAGCAGAAGGGUCCACACAGCAGUGAGCAGAUGGAAAUAAAACAUUCUCAAAAAAACCCAACGGAAGUCUGUGCUUAAAUGUCACAGUUUGGUUUACAUUCCCUCAGCAGGCUCUGUUUGUAGUGUGGUAUGUACGUAUCUAACAAAGCUUAAUAAUGCAUAAUAAUAACCAUCCAUCACAGCCACACUGGUACCAAAACAGUGUGCAUGUGCGUUUUUUUGAAUGAAUAGAUCUACAUGUUUGGACACUGAACGAGAAAGUAUCACAGCCAAUAUUUAGCUUAAUAACUGGCUAGCUAGUCGCUUUUAUUUUGACUAACAGAGGUUAUAGUUAAGACUGAAUUUAAUUGAUAAGCGCAAGUUCCCAUUAACAGGUUUUAUCAAUAAAAACACACAGCUGGGGUCAUCUCAACACUCAAAACACAAAAUUUUAUACUACUGUUCUUAUGAGGACGUUGUUCUGAUUGUGAGAAGAACUGUGACACACACCAAACACAGUCCUUAAACGCACCUUAG